UUCAUUGUGCUACGGUCUAUCCGCCCCCCCUGCUGCUGCUGGGCUUGUGAUUGCCGCUCGCUCCAGCUGAGCUAAGAGUAGCAGCGGCAUCAGGGCAGGGACUCACUCCAGCCCUCGGACUUAAGACAUCGUACCACCAUACGUUGCGUGCGUGACUCAUUCGCACUCAUUUCUGUUUAUGUCUGGGGUGGGGAGAAAAAUCCCAAACCAGCUGUGUAAAUGAGUAUGGAAGAUUAUGAUUUCCUGUUUAAAAUUGUUUUAAUUGGCAACGCUGGUGUGGGGAAGACGUGCCUAGUCCGACGAUUCACUCAGGGCCUUUUCCCCCCAGGUCAAGGAGCCACAAUUGGAGUUGAUUUUAUGAUUAAGACAGUGGAGAUUAAUGGUGAAAAAGUAAAGCUUCAGAUCUGGGACACAGCAGGUCAAGAGAGAUUCCGGUCCAUUACCCAGAGUUAUUACCGAAGCGCCAAUGCCUUGAUCCUCACCUAUGACAUAACCUGCGAGGAAUCCUUCCGCUGCCUUCCUGAGUGGCUGCGGGAAAUAGAACAAUAUGCCAGCAACAAGGUCAUCACUGUGCUAGUUGGCAACAAGAUUGAUUUGGCUGAAAGGAGAGAGGUCUCCCAGCAGAGAGCUGAAGAAUUCUCUGAAGCCCAGGACAUGUAUUAUCUGGAGACCUCAGCCAAGGAAUCUGAUAACGUGGAGAAACUCUUCCUUGACUUAGCGUGCCGCCUCAUCAGUGAAGCCAGGCAGAACACACUUGUGAACAAUGUAUCAUCACCCUUACCUGGAGAAGGGAAAAGCAUCAGUUAUUUGACUUGUUGUAACUUCAACUAAAGGCUGAGGCAAGGAAAAGCGAAGGAAUCAGCAGCUGCCCCGAUGGGCCACAUAUUGCUGGGGAAGACCUGGCGAUGAUGGUGGCUCCCGCCCUCGGACCCUCUGACUCCUGAGUUUACAAAGCAUGGCAGGCCCGGGGCCUGGUCCACAGGCCGGCAUUAGCAGAACAUAUAAUGUUUUCAUCCUUUUGCAGUCUGGAGGCAGAGCAAGGAAAAAAUUGCACUAGGCACUCCAUGACCUGCAGAGCAUGUUGCUUUUGUUUUUUUAAAAAGCAAGCAAAAGCGCAUUCCUGAACACAGUCCGGAGAAAUCCCUCCUGCACAUCAGUGGGUGCAUGUGGGGGCUAUUCUUGGGGCUUCUGGGGGCCUUGGUUUUCUUGUCCACCAGAUAACCACACCUGGGAAGGCCAAGUACUGUCUCCAUGGUGCGUGUUGAUGACCCCAUGGAGAUUUUGAAAAGUGUUAUUUCUCUUGUCCACAGGCACUUUCAAGAACUUUGGGAUGUAAAAAAUGAAAUGCAACUUUUACCCAUGACCAACAGUUCACAGUUAUUGUUUUAAUAAUAUAUACAAGCUCCACAACUCCUUUUGGUGCUAAUGAUUCUAUUUCACAGACCAAAUGUUUUAGUACAUUUAUGUCCUUAAAUGUAUUUCAUAGAAAUAAAAAAAAUAAGGGAAGUCCAUGAAUCAGCACUCUUUCUCAAAGUCUUAUUAUACCUUUUCUAGGGUGGAUUUGUUGGAAAAGAGAAGACUUUCUUUGAUGUUCCCCUUUAAAUCUUAACCAUUUUCUUCUGUUUUCUCAUCUUUCCUGCCCUUUAAAAAGUAAAUGAAAAAAAUGGAAAAAUGAAAAAAAAAAAGGUAGAUAAUAUUCUAAUAUAAAGGAUUAGCUCUAAGACAUUGUAAGUAUGAGAAAACAGACCAGAUCCGACCAAAAUACUGUGGAUUAACGGACUGCAGUGGGGACUUCCAAGCAGAGCGCAGCCCCUGUAGCAGGUCACAUCUGCUUUCCGGGACUAUCUAUCUUGGACAGACCAAGGCGUAGGAUUUUGUAGGUUUUUAGUAUAAGUGAAAAUAGCAACAGAUGCAAUCUCUCAUGAAACAUUUUUGUAUCUUCAAUGAUAACCUUAGAAAAUAUCUGCUUGUGGAAGCAGGUUUAAUUGUUAUUUGUCACCUCCUUUGUGUAGUACUGUUACACUCAGACAUACAUUCUUUCCUGUCUCUUUUUUCUUUUCCUCUUUCUUCUCUCCCUCUUCCUAAUUCUGUCCUUUCCUUACAUGCAUGUGUUACUGCAAAUCUCCAAUUCAUAUGGAGGUGUAUAUGCCUUUACUUAGCCAAUUUCAAACCAGGACUCAAAAAUGGAAGACAUGCUGCUGAAUAUGUGUUAUUUCUUCAGUGCCAUACUUUGAUACUGUCCAAUUUGUUUGCUAGUAUAAAUACAAAUUGGAAAAAUAAACCUGUAUGCCAUCAAUGCUAUCAGAUGUUUAAGUAGCUUGCUGCUUAGCAUAACUGAGGGAUGAGUAAUGGAAUAAGGAUAUAAUAUGUAAUUCCACUGUUUCUGUAGAUGGUGGCAAUCUCGGUCCUGAUAGAUUGAGGUUGGAAAGCUAACUUUAAAGAAGUGAGUCAUGUAGAGACACAAUAUUGAUAAAGCAUUUCCAGCAUUCUCUAGAAGGUUUCCGAGUGACCCGUCUCUUGCACAGGUGGACUAGACAUUAUUCUCUAAGGUACUGAUACUUUUGGUUCACCCCACGGUGUUUCUAUCGUAUGAGUAAAAGAUCCCAGAAGUUUGAAUUGUUUUUAUUUUAGAAUCUAUCUCCACAGGAAAGAAAAGUCGUUUUAAUAAAGACUAACCAAAAGAAUUUAUAACUGUUGGCUUUUCCCCCCUCUUCCCUACUAAGCCAGCAACUAAAGUAUUCAGAAAACAAGUUGAUCAAGGUGGACAGAAGAACUUUUUAAACUGUGAGGAAAUGUGCCUAAGUUUAGAUUAUCUUUUAAUAAGGGCAAAAAUCCAAUUACCCUAGUACACCAUGACCCAACUUUGUCUCACAGCAGCAAGUGUGUGGAAAAUAGAAAGUUGUUCUGUGAAUUUAGAGAAUAGUACUUUUGUUAGACUGGACAAAUUUAUGUAAAAUAACAGCUUUUAGAGUCACUCUUGUGUUCUGAAAUUCUGAUUCCCUGAGGCUCACCUUCCUCUAUCUGCAGUCGGGGGCACUUACAAGGGGAUUAGAAAGCUUUGAUCUUGGCCCCUUUCUUCCAUUACUCCUUCCAGCCGGCCUGUAACUGAGUCGCGCAGCCGUGGCCCAGCAGCAGGCCACAUGAGCAUGUAGGCCUUGUUUCCCCCCAGCUGUGUGAAUCCCACGUUGGGCUUUAUGGACCGUUGGUCAUGGAUGUAGCUCGUUUGAAAAUAAUCCCUGACAAUAUUGUAGGUGCUUAGUACGUAUAGUUGGAUAAAAAACUUAGUGCCAAGAGGAAUGUUUUUGGUCCAAUAGAAAUUUCUCAAAAAGAACUUGAGAAAGGACAUUAAUUAAACGUGGUCAUCUCAACAUGGGCCAGGGCCUAAACUUACUUGUUUGCCUGCUAGCUCUUGUCAUGGCAAUAUUUGCUAAGAUGAGUCUUCUUAAAUAAAAAUGAAUUUUCAUGUAAUGGUGGAUGAAGAAGGAAGUUGCUUUCUCAUAAUUCAGUUUGGCUUAGUCUGACUCAUAAGACUGUCAGACUCCACAACUACUUGCAUUUUUGGUGUGAUAUCUCUCCUGUUUUAAUAAAGUUAGUAAAUAUUUGGCAAUGGAAAUGUAUCAUUCAUGUCAUGGAGUCAGGUUUGGGAAAAUCUGUGAAAUCAUAGAGCUUGCUGAUAUUAAUGAUUUAUUAUGGCUUUGUGUAGACUGUAUCCUCAAAGGAUUUUGUGCUUCCUCCUUUACCUAUGCAAGGCUUUUUAUUCCUUUAUAUGCCUUUAUUAGAUGUAUUGAAUUAUGUUAACAUUUAAUUUUGAUUAUGCAAGGCCAAUUACCCUUUCUGUGGAUUACUUAAAUUAGUCUAUUAGCUUUUCCUGGCCUUUCUUUUUCCCUUUUAGUCAUUUCAUGUUCACAUCUCUUCCUGAGUAAAGCAGCAAGAAAACUAAAAAUGAACGUCAAAUGGAUUGAUUUAACAAUGUGUCAAUUACUGAUUUAGAGUUCGAUAAAAGCCACUGGCAGUAAGAUACUUGGAUUAGGAUUGCUUAUUUUAAGCAAUUUAGACUUGGUGGGUGGAGGGAGAAUUUAAUAGGAAGCUGGAUUCUUCUGCUCAUGAAUGGAUGCCCGUGGAAGACACUGGUGACUUCCAGUGUUAGGUCAGUGAUCUGGCUCAUUUACCCUUUAGCUAUCCCAUCAUGCUUCCAGAGUUAGCAUCAGCUUUCAGAUAAUGAAUCAUUCUGAGUAAGUACCAGUUGUAAGUGAUUUUGAAUUGGGGUUCUAAAAUGACAAAUGUAUUUGAAAAAAUAAAAUUUUAAAAAAAUGAUUUUUUUUUUUUAAAGUAAACCAAGCCACAUUAGCCUCUGGAAGAGCUCCCUAAGGUUUGCUGUUUCUUUCAUCUAGAUUUUUUUUUUUAACUGCAACUGGUUACUUACUUUGCUCAUUCAUGGUCCAGAGAGCUAUGUUCUAAAGCAAGUGUAAUAAUACUUUUAAUACUUAACCAGAAAAUCAAAAGCAGUGAAAAAAACCAUGUGUGUUUCCCAUCUUUCAGACAUAAGCAAUAUAGUUGAACACCAAUUUUGGGAGAAGAGAGGGCUAUGUUUCCUUCUUUUUAGAUUUCAUUUCUGUCACAUGAGCCUAUUUGUGUUUAUAAGGAAAACUGUUUUCUCUUACGUUCUUCACAUUGGGUAGAACACAUACUGAAUUAAGAACUUACCAUCUCUUCAGACAACUAAUUAAUAUCAUAAUGUUAGGCCAAGGAAGAUGACACUUCAUCUCCUUCCCUAAGUCCAUAACAUUGGAAUGUUGGAAGCCAUACCUUGACAUUAAAAACAAAUAGAAGCAUAAAAAAAGAUGGUUAAGGGAUUUAAAAUUUAAGACAUUUGACUAUUUGAAGGAUUUUUGGAGGUAAAGCUUGGGAAAGAGGAAUACAAUUAGUUCAUUAGAGUGACUCUGUGGUUCAAAGGGGUGUAAUGAGGCCUAUUAAAAAGAAUCAAUAGGGCCACAGAUUUGGGCUCCAUGUCAGGCAGAACGUUCUCAGAAAGAUGGUUCACCAUGAUGGUGCUGCUUCAGCCAGUCUCUAUCAGGCAGUCAUUAGAUAAAAACUCAGCAAAGAUGACGUAGAGAAGAUCCCAGAUUUGAUCAGGCAUUGGACCAGAUGGCCUGUUAACUUAAGAUUCUAUGUUGCAGUGCUUUGCCCCUCAUAAUACAUUCAAUUAAAUACUUGCUGACCAAUAGCGAAUGGUUAAAGAGAAACAAAAAAGGCUUCGCUUCUCUACCAAAAGUGUACCCUCCCCUCAGGAGGAGGUUGAUUACCUGUUGUUAGGCCAAAAGACUACUUGCCCUUCUGUCCUAGGCUAGAAUUCCUUUGUCAGUCCAUUUGUUGAUGUCCUGUUGAGAUCACAAACUUAAAAUUUUUUUAAAAGGUGACGUUUUAAUAAAUGUUACAUGAAAUCAUGAAAAUUGUGUAUUUGUCACUUUCCAAAAGUGGACCAGGCUCAGUUUAGGGAAUAAUAGAUGUUUCUUCAGGAUUUCAGGAUAGGCCUUCUUAGUAGAGUGGAAUCUUGAGUAAGAUCCCAUAAAUAUUACCAACCUGAUGCUACACAGCUCCCAUCGGAGACAGGCCAAUAAAUGACUGGCAUAAAGCAGUCCCCAAGAUCUGUUUUGGAAAAAAGUAACACUUGGUUACUGGGUUUGAUUUUCUUGAGGGGGAAAAAAAUAACCAUGAUCUGAACAUGAUUUUAACAGAAAGGAGGCCAAAUUGCUUCAUGUAGAAAGUAACAAAACAUAGGUCUUUGAAAAUCAGAGAUAACUAUAAGCGACAUUUGCUAAUACAUCCCAUCACCCAAAUGAUUCCACCUGCAUCCUUGCUGUGCCGAUAAGAUUCCUUGGUCUUGCAUCCACAGAAACACUUGAGUUGGGGCGAGACUUUCUUUGAUUCCUUUAGCUAAAAGCACAGAGCAUAAAAGCUAUCCAUCUCUUAUUUGGCUUCCUGAGAUGCAUGAGUCAAAAUUUUACUUUCCCAAUGAGUUAAAGCAGAAUUUUUGGAGAUGUUUUAUUCUAGUUAUUGAUGGAAUCCUUAGCUGUGAUUCUGACAUGUAAGGGAGUGAUGUAGGGAGGUAUAGAGGGGGAGCAGUAGAUGAGGUGUCUGGAGUCCCGGUGCGGCCAUGAAUUAGUGAACUUUAUGCAAAGUACAAGCUCUUGAGCAUAAGUUCAUUCAUCUAUGAUAGACAUAAUA